AUGUCUUCCCCAGAUCGUCAAGAACUCAUCCGCAAUGCAGUCGCUUUUCUUGCAGAUCCGAAGAGCCAGGCUUCACCUGUCACCCAGCGGAUUCAAUUCCUAGAAGCUAAAGGACUCACACCGGCAGAAAUCGACAUGGCCAUGAAACAAGCAGCCUAUUCCAGUGCACCUCCUCAGGCCUCUUAUUGGCCUCAGUAUGGACCGAAUCCGUAUGCAGUCAUGCCGCCUCCCGCUCACCGUUGGGACUGGCGCGACUACUUUAUUACUGCCGUCGUCUCUGGUGCAAUAACCUACGGUGCAGUCUCAUUGUUCCAAAAAUACUUGCUACCCCACCUCCAACCGCCGACGUCCACCGCCUACGAAGAGGAUCGCGAUGCGCUGAAUGCUCAGUUCGACGCUGCUGAAGCUCUACUGAAAGAAAUACAAAGCGAAACUGUCGCUGUUCGAGCUGCCGUCGAGGAACAGAAGGAAAGGAUUGAUCAGACGACGAACGACGUUCAAACCGUCGUUGCGGACUUAAGGGAGGGGGAAUCCAGGACUCGGGACGAAAUGCGGGAAAUUCGUGAAGAAAUCACCAACAUUCGCGAGAUGUUGCCCAAGAUGAUUGAGAAAAACAAGGAAUCUCAGAACCAAUCUUUGGCUGAAUUGCAGCAAGAGUUGAAGUCUCUCAAAACCUUAACGAUCACCCGGACUUCAAGCACUCCUACUACAAUACCUCUUCCGAACUUAGGCCGGCCAUCCAUACCUUCAUGGCAGCUAGCCACCCAACCUCCAGUAUCAAGUGGCAUUGAAUCAUCAGCCUCAGCACCUAUUCCCUCAUUGACUACCUCCGGUACAUCAGCAGUCAAUGGCAAAGGAAAGGAGAUAGAGAGGGAUUCACCAGAGGUAUUUUAA